CGUUCGCGAGUCAAUCGCACGCAAAUCACAAUAGUCAUUACGCACAAAAAUAAAAAUUCUCAGUGUGAUGCUCUUUAAAAAGUUCUGAAGAUGUUGUGGUAUCUACCAUGGUCUGAAAGUAUUAAAAAAAGAGCCUGCAGGUACCUACUACAACGGUAUCUGGGUAAUUUCCUUGAAGAGAAACUGACUUUGGAUCAGCUGAGUGUGGAUCUAUACAAUGGUACUGGAACAGUUUGCGAUGUUAGCCUUGACUGCGAUGCACUCAAUGAGCUUGGAGAUGCACAGAACUGGCCACUGGAGAUAGUGGACGGUCACAUGAAAGAGAUCACGGUCACAAUACCAUGGUCGACACUAUUCAAAGAUGACUCUAUUGUCAAAGUCAAUGGCUUGUCGCUCACCGUACAGCCCAAAGUGCGGGCUGAACCAGUGUCAUCAAUGCUGGAAUCCAUGUGGUCUUCCAUGUCCUCGUCCAUGCAGCUGGCAGCCGAGUGUCUGCGGGAAGAGGACGGACCACAGGAAUCACAUCCCGUGGAAGGCAUUGAAAUGUUUGCACAUGCUAUUGAUUCAAUUCUAAGCAGAGUAAAAGUAAAAUUUGAAAAUACAAAAAUAAGAAUAGAACAUGUACCCAAAAACGGCGACCGAGGCAUCGCACUUGAGGUCCAUAUAAAGAAUAUCGACUAUUUCGAUGAAGCCGGAUCAGAACCAUCACCAGACGUUACAGAUCCGGACAAGCCCAAAACAUACAUAGUGGCCACAUACACCAACAAAAAAAUCAAAUUCGAUGGAGUUACCUUUUAUACGGACGAAUUUCCCUCAAAACUUCGCACCAUGGCCCGAAGUCUUAUCAUGGAGAAAUCAGUAUCUUCACAAGCCGACAAAGCGGAUAGCCAAGUCGAAACUCCGGAACUAAAUUAUCAGAGUACAUUAUCAGAUGUGUUUUAUGAAACUAGAAGUGUUAUAUCAACUAUAGAAUCGGAUCCAGUUAAAGAGAUCAUAGCUGAGGCGAAGAGUCGUGCGGAGUCCAGAGAAAUGACCCCUGAUGAGAAGUUGAAUCACCCUGAUCCGAUAUUGUUUGCUAAGUUGACUGGGCAGCAGGAGUUGUCGUUGAAAUUGAAGCAUACAGAAGAGGUUGAGGGUCCUAAGGUUGAAGUGAAUAUGUUGUUUGGUUCCUUCAUUGUGUUCAUAACGCCGAGGCAGCUGCAUACAUUGCUUGAACUUGUUGAUGCCCUUAAUCAACCGCAUUUAGAGGAUACUAGUAACAUACCGCUUCGGCCAAGCGGCAUGAACAUGCAAUGCAAGCCGAUGAGGCAGGCCGACUUCCAGAUGAUAGAGGCUCAAUUACUUGGUAACCUAGAGAGACAGCACUCGAAACCAGUCGGCGGCAUGUACGGCUGGUCCGGACCUAGUUACGAAGACUCAGAAGCUGAAAACGAGAGGUUUCUCCCGAUGGCAUCGCAAGGAAACCAGAUGUCGGAGAGUUUCUCGUCUUCCGUGAGCUCUAUGAGCACCAGCAUGAGUUCCAGCGUCAACAUGCCCACUGCUGCACCUAGGAUUAAGAGGAAUAAGAAAGUUCCUCACAUCGACGGAGACCCUACGGCUGAAGUGUCACACGUCAGCCUGAGGAUCGCGUCCGUGUCAUGUGUUUUACUACAUAAGGAUAUUCUAGUCCCAACAAUGAUCGGCUCGGACUGCAUAUCGCAGACCAGCGCCACUAAGAUGCAGGAAGUGGCAGACAAGUUCUACAACAGCUUAGACCCCUUCUCCGUUGUGGACGAUUUUACCGCAGCCAAUGAAGCUCUUGAUAGAACUACUGGGAAGAACCAUUUGAGGCUACUAACAUCAGAGAUAUCGCUAGACGGCAGCGAGAAGGUGACAUCGACGGGCAGUCAGACGAUGUGCGAGGCUUCCAUCAGACAUCUUCUGCUGAGGGAAUGUCUCUACUACUCUACCGAGGCUGGCGAUGAACCUCAAGGAUUUGAUCUGAUUAGGUUCCAGUGUAAAGACGAUGACGACAGUUCUAGUGAGCACGGGUCGUCGCCGUCUCGCGCGAACGUCCGCGUGAACUUCAAGCAGACGUCCAAGUUCGUGCGCAUGUCGGGAGAGAAGAAACUCAUGUAUCCUACCACUGAUAUUGUUAUAAAGUGCACUCCAUUCUACUUGGACGUAGAACUGACGUUGAUAGAGCGCAUGUCGGCGACGUUCUUCGGCGCCGCGCCCAGCCGGGCCGCCACACCCACCCCACCAGCCACGUCACAGAAUCAGCUCUCCUGUUCGCUGCAGUGUCCCAACCUUAAUGCUAUACUUAGAUUCCCAAUAGCGGACCUCCGUCCGGGUAUAAACCGGGAGUUCCGUCGCGUCAGACCAGACUACCUCGUGUUCAAGUUUCAGAAUGCUACCAUCAGCUCCCAGCAGUCUCCCAGCGUUAGGCCUCAGCCUACCACGGUUAAUUUGAGGUCUACUAUACUGGACUUGUAUUAUUAUGAGAAUGACACAUUACCCGGCACACAUAUAGCAAGGACCACAAUGGACGACAACUACACUGAAGGGAAUAUACUCAGCGGGAAUGCUAGUACGACUGCUUUGCCUAUGAUAUCACUAACAUUCAAGCCAAAAUCCACCCCGAAAGGACCAUUCGAUACUCUUCACGAUGACAAUACAAACUUCGAGCCGGCACUAGUUAACCCUAUGACUACAUCUAUGUAUAUGAUGAACAACUUACGGCCGAGCCAGCCCAGUCCUUUCAGCGGGAAGAAAAUGGCACACCAAAGUGUUACUAAGCACGAGAGUAGUCCACAACAAGGAGGUCAAGAAGAAGAGUUGAUAGUACCAGGAAAUGAUGAAGAAAUGUCAGAAUUUACCAGCAGCUCUGUAGAACUGUCCGCCAUACACCUGGAGUUUAUACUACCAAUACUCAGUUUGCAGCUUGAAUCGAAGCAGCUAUACGAGAUAAUCUACAACCGCAUAAACUCAGACCUGCUGUUAUGGGAGCCACAGAUUGUCGACCAGUACGACAUCAGUCCGCUCGUCUGUCCAACGCUUAACCCCGCCUUUGGCAUGUGCAAAGGCGGUGGUUAUGAUUCGGACACAGACAGCACGUCCUCAGAAGAAGAGAACUUAUACUACUCGACUUACGACAACAAGCUGCGCAAAGGCAUCGGCGCAAGCAAGCCGGUGCAGGAGACCAGUGAUACGCAUAACUUCUGUCUUACCCUCAAAGUGAGGAAGGGAUUGCUCACUAUUUAUACGCCUGUUAGGGACAGCAACAAAAGAGUAGUGCCAGGUCAGAUGGGCGAGCUGGUACUAGAAGCUCACAACUUGGCGAUGUGCCAAGUCAGCGGGCUCAAUGGAAAACCCAAAACCGCCCAGCUGUGUCUACGCUCCGAGAGGAUGACGCUUUAUCAUGAUUCCCUUCUAACGAUACCAUCAGAAAAACCACCAUUACGUGAAUAUGGUACUCUACUCCCAUCUCACUUGAGGAGUACCAUCUACCCGUCCGGUAAAGGAGUUAUUAUCAAAGAACGGUUAACUAAGAAGGAUAUGUUCACAUUAGCACUUAAAGUAGACCCAGAUUCAGAUACGCCCAAUUUGAAGACAAUAUGCAUAGCUCUAGGCAUAGAGCAGGCAACACUCCGGCACAGAGGCGACAAAGGCAUCACGUGGCUCACACAACUCAUGGAUGUUAUUGAUGUCAUAGAUUAUCCUGUGCUAGGGUAUACUCCUUCAACGGUGCUGUCUGAGCUACACGUUCAUGUUAUUGACUGCGCUGUUGAUUAUAGGCCACUUUUCCUCCCAAUCCGCACAGUCCUCACUCUAGGCAACUUCAGCGUCUCCAGCAACCUCAUAGCAGCUACCAACACCUCCUGUCUUCGUUUCUUAGCACAAGAGUGCACCUUGUUCCUGAUGCACCUCAACGUGACGAAGCCCAACGCUCCGGUGCCGCAAGACGACGAUAAGAUGCCAGAUGUGAUAAAGGAUUAUGUGUGUGUGGUCGAUGUUGGCUUGUUUGAACUGUCGCUUAGGAUGGAGGAUAAGGCUAAUUGUUCAAACGAACAGCCACAAGUGGACCUUAGCGCGUCCAACAACAUGGUGACGCUAUACACGUGCUGGGACUCUGCGUCUGCGCUGUGUCGGCUGCUGACGUACGCGGCGUGUGACGGAGACUCGCAGACACCCUUCGACCCCUCGUCCCGACACACUAGCAUAUGUUCCGACCAGCCACUGGAGCCUCUAGUAGGACUUGAUGACAGACCUAUUGAAGAGAUAAGAGAACUAUCGCCAAGUGAAAUACAACAAGUCAACGAUUUAAUGGCUGAGGCUAUGAAAGAAAGCCCUAACACAACACUAGACGAAGACGAACUCCACAGUUCAACAGAGAAAGAAGGCGUCGAGAUAUUCUUCUUCCCCGACGAGUCUAACAUGAAGAGGCCUGCAGAGCCUUUAGAGGGGGAACCACAGUCCAUAGAGUCGGAGGACUUGUCGCAGCUCAUGGUGGAGGAAGCUCAGGAAGCCAAGCCUACUAAUGUCCAGGUGGCCAAGGAGUUGGGAGACCCCUCGUCGACGCCUAAAGCUACGCCACGGAAGCCUAAGAGGAAAUCGACAAAAUCAAGCAGCGACGGCGGCAACACAGACGACGAGUACUGUUUCGUGGAAACUCAAGCGCCCACUCUAGACAAUGAUCUAGACGAGCCGGUAGUCAACUGGAUAGGGCCCGGCCCUGUGUACAUGUUUGAUAACCACUUCACUGUGCCAGCUGCCAGGACUGAUGUCCUGAAGGCUCCUAAGAGCUUCCCGUUGCCGAUGUUGAGGUAUACCCUAUGCGAGAUGAGCGUGACGUGGAACAUGUAUGGCGGUAACGACUUCCGACCGGCUGAGUCAACGCCUGCUAAGAAAACUGUCACCAUUGAGGGAGAACCGCGCCAGCAGGGAUCACCUACUACUGUCAAACGCAACAAAGACUACGAGCCAUACGACAGCGGUCGCGCAGUGACGGCGGCCUACCGCGCGGGCGGCGUGCGCUGGGCCGCCGGCGCCGACCGCGUGCGGGCCGCCAGACCCGCCCACAGGACGGAGCUCAGGGCCCGCGGCGGCCCGCACCGCGAUCAUCACACUAGGGUCAAACUGUGUCUUACUAAGGUCAAAUUCCAAUACGAGAUCUACCCAUCGGGUGGUAUCCACGCAUCCCGUCAGACGCUCGCCAUCAGUAAAAUAGAAGUACUGGACCAGUUGGUCUGCAGUGAUAUCAACAAGCUGCUCAGCCAGUACAAGCUUAAAGAUGAACCGGAGAGGAAGAAUGCGCAUAUGUUAAUAGUAAAAGCAGUGCACCUAAGACCCGACCCAGCGCUGUCAGCUCAAGAGUGUUGCCUCAAGGUAUCAUUACUGCCUCUGUGGUUCAACCUGGACCAAGACACGCUCGCCUUCCUAGUGGGAUACUUGUCUAAACUCGGCACUGAUGAGACUACAGAUGACGACACAAAAUCGGUGGGCGGUUUAUCGACGGACUCCAGCGGAUCUCGUCAGACGACGCCAACACACCGUCCGCCCGUCAUGAGCAUCGCCAGCCAUCUGCGCGACCCGCCACCCACGCCUACCUCGCUUGGAGACGCCGACUCGCUGAGUCUGAAUGAAGCUGUGAUCCGCAACGAAGAGCCGCUAAUGGAGACAUACGAGGCAGAACGCCUGGUCUCGGAGAAUUUAAUUCAGCUGGAGGAAGACUUCCAGAAGUUGGGCAUUCAGGAAAAACCGGUAGCCAAGCUGCCGGUCGAUACUGAGCCCAUUGACGACUCUCCUAUUUACUUCAGACGCGUAGUUUUCUCCCCCGAAGUCCCCAUCCGAUUGGACUACGUGGGCAAGCGUGUGGAUUUAUCCGCGGGACCUGUCGCCGGCCUACUCAUGGGCCUAGGACAGCUCAACUGUUCUGAACUUACGCUCAAGAGGCUCGACUACAAGUUGGGUCUCCUAGGUCUAGAGAAGCUGGUGCAGUGGGCGCUACAUGAGUGGCUGUCUGACAUCAAGCGACACCAACUGCCCGGUCUGCUUAGCGGGAUCGGGCCUAUGCACUCGUUACUACAACUUAUAACCGGCAUCAGAGACCUAGUCUGGCUGCCAGUGGAACAGUGGCGUCGCGACGGCCGACUAGUGCACGGCCUGAGGCGCGGCGCCGCCUCCUUCACUGCGCGGACUGCGGUCGCCGCGCUAGAUAUUACUACUAGACUACUACAACUUAUACAGGCGACAGCAGAAACAGCGUUCGACAUGCUGACCCCCGGGCCGACGCUUCAGCUACAGGACGCGUAUGCGCGACGCGAGCGGCGCCGGCGCCGGCGACACGAUCCCGCGCGGCAUCCUGCCGAUAUACGGGAGGGAGUUGCCAGUGCUUACCAGACUGUUAAAGAGGGCUUCGCGGAGCAAGCAGCGACGAUGGCGCUGGCGGCGCGCUGGUCGCACGGCGCGGGCGUGCUGCGGCACCUGCCGGGCGCGGCCGUGGCGCCGCUGGCGCUGGCGGCGGCGGGCGCGGCCGACGUGCUGGGCGGCGUGCGCGCGUCGCUGGCGCCGCACUCCACGCGGCGCCACGCCGACAAGUGGCGCGCGCAUGUGCAGGCCGCCAGCACGGAUUCUAUAGAUUAAGAAGAUUCCGCUGUUCAACUUUUAUACGAUGAUCUCUCUCACACAAUUUACUCUCGUGUAUAAUAUUGUGAGAGCGGGUUGCACUAAACUUAAGAACAUCAGCGUCCAUUCUUUAGCAGUACCUAGUAGUUAUUACAUUCCCUUUAAAUAAAUUCUUACAUACAUAUAAUAUUUUUAGGAAAUAUAAAUGCAUAUAUGAAAGUACAUAUCCAAUUGUCGUACGCUCAAGUUAUCACUCUAUCGUAGUACACAGGUAGACUAAGUUUGAUGCAAUCCGCUCGAAGACCCUGCUCAGUACACCACACGAGGCUUGUCCCUAGACUGCCAACUUAUGUUCAUUUUGUUCAUGGAAUAUGCUAUUUUCAAUACCUCUAGUAUAACUGUAGAUUUAGGGUUUCUGGCGUUCAUCAAUGGGGAAGCGGCUAGUUUAAAACAUGUACUUGCCUCUAUUGGUAUGAAUAAAAUCCCGAACAUGAUAUUUUUGUAGUUAAAAUGCGCUUUCGAUCGUGUGCUCAUCGAAUAAAGUGAUUAAUAUAAAAUAUUUCAAGCACGCGUAGUGAUUCUAAAAUGUGAUGUAUUUUUAUACAGAGUUACAAACAUAAUCGAGGUACAAAACUUAUCUUCUCGUUUUUGAUAUUAAAUUAAUUAAGUUAUGGUUGUAACGUACGCUGUACAGAGGCCGGAUGCCAUAGAGCCAAUACUUUAAGACCGAUCGGUUAUGUUUUAUUUUAAGAUUUUGUGUACAUCGUUUUACUGUAUUGAUUCUAUUGUAUCAGUUUACGGUGUCACUUACACCCAGCAUUUGGCAGGACUUUGUUGCAAUACAAAAGAGCGUUGGUUAUGUAACUCGUUAUAAACUUAUGAUAGAUAUAGUUUUAGUUUUUACAAAUAUGUAUUUCAUUUUCUCAAUUUCAAGAACAGAUUCAUAACUUGAAAAAAAAAUGGAAAAUCAAUUAGCAGAACUUUGUGAACAGAUUUUCGUAUAUUUCCAACUAUGGAAAUAGUUACAUUGGAGAAACUUUAAUCUUGCAUUCAAAAGCAUUUUGAUGGCUGUUGGUUGUGCCGAUAUUAAAUUCAAUUAAAUUAAUAUUACCCGCUAAUGCAACUAUUCUCGUCGGAAAAGAAACCAUAAAAGGAAAAGACUGUGGUGCUCGAGUAGAACAGUCUAGCAUUUUAGAGCAUUUAGCGGCUCCUUUAGGCUUUAAACAUUCAUGUAAAUAAUCGUUGGACGAAAGAUGGGUGCCAUGACAGAUACGUCGGAGUUUAUUUAAAUAUAUUUGAUUUUGCUUUUAUUAUCCCGAUAUCCUAUUUGGAAUGUUGGUUUGUAUAUAGAUUUAUUUACAACUUUGAAGUCAUUGUAAUCAUAAAAAAAGAUUUUGUUUAUUUAAUUUCGGUAUGUUUUCAAUUAAUGAGCGGAUAGUACUGGAAAAUUUAUUUUUAAAAAUACCUAACACAAUAAAAUAUCAACGAAUGGCCGCGUGGAAGUGUCGCGGGUAGUACAAGUUGUGAUGGUGUAAAGGUUAAUGCUAUUAUUUACUCAAAGUAGAAAGCUUGUUUCAUUUUUUAUUGCGUGAUUCCUUGACAUCUAAUAGAGUAGUAAGACUAUUCCAUUAUUGUUUUUAUUCAAACAAAGAAAAUAAUCCUUUUGAUAAUUUGAAAUCAAUAAAUAAAUGAUUGCAACAUA